AUGUCCGAUCCCACCAAGAUCAGUAUCUUGGGCCGGGAGAGCAUUGUCGCUGAUUUCGGUCUUUGGCGCAACUAUGUCGCCAAGGACCUGAUCAGUGAAUUGCCCUCCACGACCUACGUGCUCAUCACAGAUACCAACCUCGGGUCCCUCUACACCUCCACCUUCCAAAAGACCUUCGAGACGGCCGCCGCCUCCAUCACCCCCUCCCCACGACUGCUCGUCCACAAUGUCGCCCCCGGCGAGAGCUCCAAGUCCCGCCAGACCAAAGCCGAUAUCGAAGAUUGGAUGCUGACCCAGAACCCACCAUGUGGCAGAGAUACCGUGGUCAUCGCAUUGGGCGGUGGUGUGAUUGGUGAUCUGACCGGCUAUGUGGCAGCCACCUACAUGCGUGGUGUCCGCUACGUGCAGGUGCCCACUACACUGUUGGCCAUGGUGGACUCCUCGAUCGGAGGAAAGACUGCCAUUGACACCCCGCAUGGCAAGAACCUCAUCGGAUCCAUCUGGCAGCCGUCAAGGAUCUACAUUGAUCUCGAAUUCCUCGAGACUCUGCCCGUUCGCGAGUUCAUCAACGGUAUGGCCGAGGUCAUUAAGACCGCUGCCAUCUCCAGCGAGGAGGAAUUCACUGCUCUGGAGAUCAACGCGGACGCCAUCCUGGCUGCUGUCCGCACCGAGGCCAAGCCCGGCCAAGGCCGGUUCGACGGAAUCCGGGACAUCCUCAAGGCUAGAAUUCUGGCCUCGGCCCGUCACAAGGCCUUUGUUGUCUCUGCCGACGAGCGCGAGGGUGGUCUCCGCAACUUGCUGAAUUGGGGACACUCUAUUGGACACGCCAUUGAAGCCAUUCUGACCCCUCAGGUCCUCCACGGCGAGUGUGUUGCCAUUGGUAUGGUCAAGGAGGCAGAGCUCGCACGUCACCUCGGCAUCCUGAAGGGUGUCGCGGUCGCUCGUGUCGUGAAGUGUCUUUCCGCCUAUGGUCUGCCCACUUCCAUGAAGGAUUCCCGCGUCCGCAAGUUGACUGCUGGCAAGCACUGCUCCGUUGACCAGCUGCUGUUCAACAUGGCCCUGGACAAGAAGAACGAUGGCCCCAAGAAGAAGGUUGUUCUCCUGUCAGCCAUUGGCCGUACCCACGAGCCCAAGGCCAGCGUUGUCUCCAACUCCGACAUCGCCGUUGUGCUCGCCCCCAGUGUGGAAGUCCACCCUGGAGUCCCCAAGACCCUCAAUGUCACCUGCGCACCCCCCGGCUCCAAGAGUAUCUCCAACCGUGCUCUUGUGCUUGCAGCGCUUGGUUCCGGAACCUGCCGCAUCAAGAACCUCUUGCACUCCGAUGAUACCGAGGUCAUGCUGAAUGCCUUGGAGCGCCUUGGCGCUGCCACUUUCUCCUGGGAGGAGGAAGGUGAAGUCCUGGUCGUGAAUGGCAAGGGCGGAAAGAUCGUCGCUAGCCCUGAGUCUUUGUACCUGGGUAACGCUGGAACCGCCUCCCGCUUCCUUACUACCGUGGCCACUCUUGCCACCCCCAGCAGUGUUGAUCACAGCAUCCUGACUGGUAACAACCGCAUGAAGCAGCGACCCAUCGGUGAUCUUGUUGACGCUUUGACCGUCAACGGAGCCGGUGUUGAAUACGUGGAAAGCAAGGGCAGUCUGCCCCUCAAGAUUGCUGCUUCUGGAGGCUUUGCCGGAGGCAAGAUCAACCUAGCGGCCAAGGUUUCUUCCCAGUAUGUUUCUUCGCUGCUCAUGUGUGCGCCUUACGCCAAGGAGCCCGUGACCCUGAAGCUGGUUGGUGGCAAGCCCAUUUCCCAGCCUUACAUUGAUAUGACGACCGCCAUGAUGAGGUCUUUCGGUAUUGAUGUUAAGAAGUCCGAGACUGAGGAGCACACUUACCACAUUCCCCAGGCAAGCUACGUCAACCCUCCCGAAUACGUUGUGGAGAGUGACGCCAGCUCUGCAACCUAUCCUUUGGCCAUUGCCGCUGUCACUGGUACCACCUGUACCGUUCCCAACAUUGGCUCCAAGUCUCUCCAGGGUGAUGCUCGCUUCGCAGUCGACAUUCUCCGGCCCAUGGGCUGCUCUGUCGUUCAGACCGAUACUUCCACCACUGUCACCGGACCUGCUGAUGGUGUUCUGCAGCCUUUGCCCAACGUGGACAUGGAGCCCAUGACUGAUGCUUUCCUCACUGCUUCCGUCCUCGCUGCUGUUGCCCGUGGCAAGGAUUCCAACCACACCACUCGCAUCUACGGUAUUGCCAACCAGCGUGUCAAGGAGUGCAACCGUAUCAAGGCCAUGAAGGACGAGCUUGCCAAGUUCGGAGUCAUCUGCCGUGAGCACGACGAUGGUCUCGAGAUCGAUGGCAUCGACCGCUCUACCCUCCGCCAGCCAUCCGGCGGUGUCUACUGCUACGAUGACCACCGCGUCGCUUUCAGUUUCAGCGUCCUGUCCCUCGUUGCCCCUACCUCCACUCUCAUUCUUGAGAAGGAAUGUGUUGGUAAGACCUGGCCUGGCUGGUGGGAUGCUCUGAAGCAGAUGUUCGGCGUCAGCCUUGAUGGCAAGGAGCUGAAGGAAGAAGAGCACGCCUCCUCCACCCACGCCGAGCGAAGCAGCGCGUCUGUCUUCAUCAUCGGAAUGCGCGGCGCUGGUAAGACCACCACCGGCAACUGGGUUGCCAAGGCUCUCGACCGCAAGUUCGUGGAUCUCGACACCGAGCUUGAAAACACCGAGGGAUUGACCAUCCCUGAGAUUAUCAAGACCCGUGGCUGGGAAUCCUUCCGUGACGCUGAGCUGGCCGUUCUCAACCGUUGCAUGAAGGACCGCCCUACCGGCUACGUCUUCGCUUGCGGUGGAGGUGUCGUCGAAAUGCCGGAGGCACGCAAGUUGCUCUGUGACUACCACAAGAACAAGGGCAACGUUCUCCUUAUCAUGCGUGACAUCAAGCUUGUGAUGGAAUUCCUCAACAUUGACAAGACUCGUCCUGCUUAUGUCGAAGACAUGAUGGGCGUGUGGCUGCGCCGUAAGCCUUGGUUCCAGGAGUGCAGCAACAUCCAGUACUUCAGCCCCCACUCAAACUCAUCAGAGCUUGCCCUUGCUUCCGAGGACUUCAACCGCUUCGUGAAGAUGGUCUCUGGCCAACUGGACAGCUUGAAUGCCAUUAAGAAGAAGAAGCACAGCUUCUUUGUUUCUUUGACUCUGCCUGAUCUUCGCCCAGCUCGCGAGAUCAUUACCGAGGCAUGCGUUGGUUCCGACGCCGUUGAGCUGCGUGUCGAUCUGCUCAAGGACCCGUCCGUUCAGGGUGAUAUCCCUUCCAUCGACUAUGUCGCUGAGCAAAUGUCCGUUCUGCGUCGCAGCACAGCUCUGCCUCUUAUUUUCACUAUUCGCACCAAGAGCCAAGGCGGUCUCUUCCCUGAUACUGCUCACGAGGAAGCUUUGGCAUUGUACAGAUUGGCAUUCCGCUCCGGGUGUGAAUUUGUGGAUCUCGAGAUCGCAUUCCCUGACCAGCUCCUUCAGACCGUCACUGAGAUGAAGGGUCACUCCAAGAUCAUUGCGUCGCACCAUGAUCCCAAGGGAACACUCUCUUGGUCCAACUGGUCUUGGAUUCAGUCUUACAACCGUGCUCUGGAGUAUGGUGAUGUGAUUAAGCUUGUCGGCGUUGCCAAGACCCUCGACGACAACACCGCUCUGCGCAAGUUCAAGAACUGGGCUGCAGAGGCUCACGAGACGCCUCUGAUUGCCAUCAACAUGGGUGACACCGGCCAGCUCAGCCGCAUCCUGAACGGCUUCAUGACCCCCGUCUCUCACCCCAGUCUCCCCUUCAAGGCCGCCCCUGGCCAGCUCUCCGCAACUGAGAUCCGUCGCGGUCUUUCCCUGAUGGGUGAGAUCAAGGCCAAGAAGUUCGCCAUUUUCGGCUCCCCCGUCUCGGCCUCGCGCUCUCCUGCUCUCCACAACACCCUCUUCGGUACCAUGGGUCUUCCCCACGAAUACACCCGUAUGGAGACCACCAACGCCGAAGACGUCAAGGAUUUCAUCCGCUCCCCCGAUUUCGGUGGUGCGUCCGUGACUAUCCCCCUCAAGCUUGACAUCAUGCCCCUUCUCGACGAAGUCGCUCAAGAGGCUGAGAUCAUCGGUGCCGUGAACACCAUUGUCCCCGUCCCCACUGGCGACAAGACACGCCUCAUCGGCUACAACACCGACUGGCAGGGCAUGGUUCGCUGCAUGCGCAACGGCGGAGUCUACGGCUCAAAUGGCGAUGAGAGCGCAGUAGUGGUCGGCGGCGGUGGUACCGCCCGCGCCGCCAUCUUCGCCCUCCACAGCAUGGGCUUCUCUCCCAUUUACGUGGUCGGGCGCUCCGCGGCCAAGCUCGAAAGCAUGGUCGCGACCUUCCCAACCAACUACGACAUCCGUGUCGUUGACAACCACAGCCAGCUCGACUCUGUUCCUCGUGUUGCUAUCGGAACUAUCCCUGCUGACCAGCCCAUCGACGCCGGCAUGCGCGAAACCCUCUGCCACAUGUUUGAGCGUGCGCAGGAGGUCGACGGCACCGUGGUUGGCAAGACGCUUGAGGCGCCCCGGGUCCUUCUCGAGAUGGCCUACAAGCCUGCUGUUACGGCCUUGAUGCAGCUUGCUUCCGAUGCCGGAUGGAGCACCAUCCCCGGAUUGGAGGUUCUGGUUGGUCAGGGUGUGCACCAGUUCGUCCACUGGACUGGUAUCACCCCCUUGUACCACGAGGCACGGGCUGCUGUGAUGGGUACCGAGUCAUCGUAA